AUGAGCUCCAGCUUCAGUAGAAUGAACACAGAUCCAUUUAGCCAAGUAAAGCAAACUCAAAGACCAUCAGAACCAAAAUCUUACACAUACAACAAGGAAACAGGUACUUCAUCUGAAGGUGAAAAGAAACAAUAUGGUAAAUAUCAAUCCCGUCCUCAACCUGCUUAUUCUCAACAAAUAGAACUUAAAAGGGAACAAGAAAUUGGAUGCGUAGGUUCGUUUUGUCAAAUUUUAUGUUGUGUUCCACUUUGGUCAAAGUGUCAAGGUCCUGGUACAACUUGUUGUGGUCUUGAUUGGGAUUCAAAAGGUCCUGAUACUCGUCAAGGUUAUGGUGCUGGGUUCAUUUAA